UAUACUUGUUUUUAUUUUAAAAAAUGCAAUAAUGGCAUUUUAAAGUAUCUAUGAAUAAAGCUGCAUGAAUGUUCCCAUAAAUUACUUAAUCAAAUAUUUCACAUGUCCCAGAUGCUCAAGAUUUUAAAUUACUGCAGUAUGCACUAAGUUAUGCUUACAAGGACCUAAUGUUUCAGUAAACAUAUUGACUAGCUGACAUAUAAUAACACAGUUCUUAAAUUCAGAAGUCACUAACAUUUAAAUAGUAAUAUAAUUACAAGAAUUGUCACCUGUAUACAUUGUUGGACUCCUUUCACAUUUUAUAUCUAGUCAAAAAGUUGGUCAAAAUAUUUUUUUUUCAACUAGGGUGAAUGAUAGGAGCUUGUUGACCACACAUGUGAGACAUACGUCCAGAGCAUCGUGAUCGUUAGGGGUAACUGGCCCUCUAGAGAGGCUCUGGGAUGCUCUUUUAAGUGGUCCACAGGCUGGCCCUCCAGUCACGCCCAUUGCGGAGCUUAGUCGUGUGGAGGCUACUGUGAGAAGGUGUCCCCUGGCACGGGGGUGUUUUGGUGCAGGUGUCAAAGCCAGGCUGGUCUUUUGCCUUCAAAGUUUCCGUGGGAAAAGUUACCUCCAAAUCUGAGUUGUCAACACCAGGACUGUCACAUACUCCUGUGGCAGCAUUCACGGAUGGGAGCUGUAAGAGGUUGAGACAAAAUGCAGGUGGGACGUGUCUGAGACAAAUCUGGCCAAAGCUCUAGCUUUUCCCAGGGUUUGCUGCUCAUUCCCAACUCCAAUGCUCUGUUUAGAAUUUUAAUACUUUUAACAAAAUAUUACAUGCAUAUAAAAGAAAGCAUAUAACAGAUAUUUAUGUUCUAAGACUAGAAAGACGAACACCUGUGUGUGCACUGCCUGGCUGAAGAGCAUUGCCAAUGCACGGAGUGCCUCCUCUGCACUUUUCUCCAGUUUGCUGCCCCUUUUCUCUCUCCCGCCAAACCUCCCCUCUGUGCCUUUUACGUUCUGUCUUAUGGUUUGAUUCUACAUGUGUGGUCUGUAGACAAUACAUUAUUUUAUGUGUUUUUGAAGUUUAUAUAGAUGGAUUCAUAUUCUAUUUGGCUUUUCUUUCAUUCAACAUUUUUUUUCCUGAGAUUUUAUUUGUAUUUAUUUGUGUAGCUACACUUCAUUAAUUUUCACUGCUGUGAAAGAUUCCACUGUAUGACUAUUCAAAAGUUUUUAAUGAUCUCUUGAUCAUUUGAAUUGUUCAUAGUUGGGUGUUUUAUUUUUACUUUGCUGCUAAAAACAAUGUUGCUAAGCCCUUACAUGUCUGUGAUACAUAGGUGCAGGUGGUUGUCUGAGAAGUACAUCUAGUCAUUGAAAUAAUUAGCCAAUGGGCAUGUGCAACUUCAAAUAUAAUGCUAAGUUAUUGUCUAAAGUGGCUGCUGAAUUUAAAUUCCCACCAGUACAACAUUCGGAAACCACAACUUUUCUAAUUUCUCCCAAUCCUGGGUAUCAAAUGAUACCUCCUGGUUUAAAUUUAUGUUUUCCUGGUUACUAUCUGAGGCAUUUUCUCAUAAGCUUUUUGACUACUUCCUCUUCUUUGAAUAUCUGUUUUUGACAUUUCCCAUUUCUCUGUUGGGCUUUCUUUUAUCUUUUGACAUAGAGGUAUUUUCAGUGCAUUCUGCGCAGCACCCUUUUGGAUUUCAUGCUCCCCGUGUUUGUGGAUCAACUCUUCAUUUUCUUUAUGGUGCCUUUGGAUAAAGACAAUUGUAACUGUAGUGUUUCUUCCCAUUUUCUGUCACCCACGCCUCAGCCUCGAACUUACGUUUUUGUUUUCGUUGUUACUCUGCACUACAAUCUGGGGUUACCCCUUCAGGUCUUUCUUUUAGUUCACUGGAUCUUUAAGUGUGUGCUAAUUUGUGGUAUAACCCAUCGUUCAGCUUUUUACUUCAAAAGAUUUUUUAUUUCUAAAGUCAUCCAUUUUCUUGUUUUUUAUGUCUGACUGGAUGUUUUUUGAUCAUUAAAAAUUUUUUUCUCUUUUAUCUCUUUAGCCACUUAGAGCAUAACAAUUUUAUAUUCUGUGUCAGUUAAUGCUAACACCUGAGGCCAUCAAGCUUUUACAUUUGUGGCUUGCUGUUGGCCUGGUUCCUCACCUGCCUAUAUUAAUGUUUGCUUGUGAGCUCAUACUUGGCUGAACUUCAUCUGUAGGAAUUACGAGGGAUGUAUAUUAAGGAUAUUGUUUUUUUUUCCAGAAUAGUCUUGCCUAUCCUUCAGUGGGGAACCAGGACUUCAACAAGCAGCCAACUUAGGGCAGCAUUUAUUUAAUUAUUUGGCCUGGGCCAGGCAUGAUGGCUCAUACCUGUGAUCCCAGUGCUUUGGGGACAAGAUACGGUGAUUGAGGCCUGGAGUUCAAGACUAAACUGGGCAACAUAGUGAGACUCUUACCUCUCCAAAAAAAUAAAAAAUAAAAAAAUAGCUGGGCAUAGUGGCAUGUGCCUAUAGUCUUGGCUACUUGGAGGCUGAGACGGGAGAAUUGCUUGAGCCCAGGAGUUCAAGACUGAGUGAGCUAGGAUUGUGCCAUUGCAAUUCAGCCUGGGUGACAACGUGAUGCCCUACCUUAAUAAUAGUUAUUAUUUGACCUGGAGUUUUCCUGGCAGCCCAAGUAAUGUAAACUUCACACCAUCUGAGAUCUGGACUUCUAUUGUGGGUUCUGAGGGAAGACAAUUAUUUUCUUGUUGUAUUUAUCCUGAGAGUAGGCAGGGACAGGACAGGUAGGCUUCCUAUCUGUUUCCUCUGCAACAGGCUGUUGGCUUUUGGUGACGGUGAGGUUCUUUCUAGAGUCAUUUGAAUUUAGGAUCUCAGACUUAACAGUGUUACUUUUCUGCAGACCCUUAGCUUUUUUAAAUUAGUGUCCAAAGCUCUGGGUGCCUGGUUUGGUCAUUUUUUUUUCCUGCCUGAAGGUCCCAGCUUCAGGAUUUGUUUAGCAUUUUGGUUUAGUUUGUAGGUUUCAUCUUUUGUUAGCUUCCCUUGUUUUCUGGAGGGCUCCGCAGUGUGUUUACCUGUAAGCUAGUUGUUUAUCCGUCAUGCAAGUGUUUAAUGAAGGGAGAGCUUUCCUGAAUAUGUAGCCCAUCAAGGAUUAGAACUCCAAAUCUGCCCCAGUGCUGUUUGCCAUUAAAAUAACCACUUCUCCCUCAUCCCAACUCUGACAAGUGCACAUGGUUAAGAAACACCAAAACUUGAUGAUUGGAAACAAUCACAUCUGGAUCUCAUUCAUCGGUUUUAGAAUUUCGUUCCAUGUGACUGCUGCCGGGGCCACGGAAUAAAGGCUUAGAGUGCGAAGCGCCCGCAUCUGCUGCGUCGGCGUCACCAGCGCAGCCCUGUUUCGUCCUUUGUUUAUGGAGGAUCUGAGCAGAAUUUCACCUCCAAGAACAAACACUUGAAACUAGUGCAGUCUAUCUGAUACCAUCAUGAGGAAACAUUGGCCCAGAGGCCGUAUCUUUAGGGGAGAUAUAGGGAAUGAGGUUCCAGUAGGACUUUCAACUUCAAAUUUCAACCUCAGUUUCCCUAUACUGAAGUGUCAGAUUAUAUUUUAGAAAUCAUACUUGUCCACAUUACAGGCUUGUGUUUUAAUCUUACUUCUUAUUUUUUAAGGGUUUUAUGGAUUUCUCAGCCACAUUCAUAUCAGAGGAAAGAAGCAGAUUGUUGUGAGCAUUAUGACGAUUACCGAUUGUCAUUAUCAUGUAAAAGAAAUGGAGAAUCUUAAAGAGCAAUGUAACUUUUUUGAUCUUAUACUGAUUCAAUGAGCUAAGACUAUGAUCCAGACGUUUUCACUCUAAAGCACUUAUUUAUACACUUUGUUGUAAUAAGAUAAUGUUCAACCUAUCAUUAAAGAUGGCCAAAAUAUUUUAGAUACAUUUGUAUGUUUUAAUUUUACCAGGUCAAUAUGAGAAGGUGAAAUUAACCAUAUAUGUAAAUUAACAGAAACAUACUUAAUCUGGACUGAAAUUUUUUAAGGAGUUAAUUAGAGAUGAAAUUGUUUGCUAAGCUUAUCCCAUUUCACUUCAGAAGUAUAAUUUGGGUUUCCAUUUCCAUUGCUUCAUUAGAAAGCAGAUCAUUUAAAAAGCACUCUGCCUUCAAGUGUCUUUCCUGUUAUACAAUUUUUUGGAAAAUACAAAGAGAAUUCCAUAAAUGUAAUUGGAGGAUACCUCCUAAAACUAUUUCCACAUGGUUUAUCUAAAUCAUUGUUUCUGGUAUUUAUGGCUUCUAAAAUGAAGUUGUAUCAACUAAUAGUUGAAGAAUAAGUGUGUUUAUUUUUACUUUGAAUGAAAUUAUUAUGUACCCACAUAAAUAUAUAACAUGUUUAAAAAUAAAACUCUUAGAGAAUUUUCUGAAGCUCUGAUUUGACUCUAAGGGUUUCAAUUAUAGAAACAUCAAGUCAAGAUGAGCUCUACUGUCAGUGUAUUAGACAGUUCUGUGCAAUAGGUGAGGCUUUUAUUAUUCCAGAAAAGCCUACUGAUAGACUACCCCAGCGUCAUAAAGAUUGCAAUUGACAUGUAGGUACUCUGUAGGUAACAAGCCAUUCUCACCUGUCACUCAGGGAGAUGUGUCAGCAAUAUGGACCUGUUACCAAGAAGGUGAACAUGAUCCGGGGUUGCGUUAGCUGGAACCUACGUAGCACACAAGAACCAUGAAAUUCACUCACCCUGUUCAACAUUGAUUAGGUCUAUGUUAGAGCCUAAUUUGAGUUCCAUAUUUUAAACCCAAUAUUAGGAAGUUGGAGAUGGGCCAGGGAAAAGCAAUGAAGAUUAUUUGAAAGUAAAAAACUUAUCUAUGCUGAAAACUGAAACACAGUGGAAUUUUUUGUAACCAAGAAAGGAAAGCAUAAAAGUACUUUUGCGUGUGUCCUCAUGUGGAGCAAAAUUGAGACUGAAAAGUGCCUCUUACCCUAAAUCUAUCUUAUAAGGUGAAGGUCUUAGCAUCAUUAGAAGAAGCAGCCAGGAUAUCAGGGCUGAUUGUUCUUUAACUAUUUCUUAAAUCUCUCACCUGCUCACUGAAAAUACAGGAGUGUGAGGGCCUGGUGUCUUAUCAGCUGUUAAUUCUGAAAGUAAUUCCAAAGCCAAAUCUGAGCCAGAAGUAAAAGUAAGCUACUAAUGGGGCAAGAAAGAAGGUAGGUCAGCAGUUAUGAGAAAGGAAGUCUUGUCCCUCCUGUUCAUUCAGAGGGAGGCCUGGGCUAGCCACUGCAGACAAAGAUGAAGAGAGGUCCCAGCCCUCAUGGAGCUCACUGUCAAGAACCCGCCAACACAGUUGGCAGUACUGAAGUACUUAGCUUUAGUACUGAAGUGCUUAGCUUUAGUACUGAAGGAUAUUUAGGAGUUUGCCAGAAGAGCGAUGAGAGAACAGCAGACACAGACAGAGUCGUGAUGAAGCACCACGUGGGACGGUCCUGCUGGUGGAGCGGCAAGUUUGACCAGGAAGCAAAGAUUAUAGUUGGAUUCUUAGGUAGGUGUCAAACUGUGAUUUUUUUUUCAGAAAGGAAAGUGGUUGAUACUCUGCUGUCGGUGGCAAGCCAUGUGUCUUAUUUCAGACUUAUGUCUUAGAAAGACCUUCUAGGGCUGUUUGGUGAAUGGCCUUGCCCUGCUUGGGGUCGGAGGAGGGCAUGGCCUGAGCAGAUGUAGGGAGAACAGUAAGGAGCCAUAGGCUGAAGGUCUGUCUCAGGGAGUACCUGUGGAGACAAGGAAAGGUGGAUGGAACAUAGACACUGUAGGAAAAGAUAGGCUUGCACAUGUUACAACUGCAAAGAAAUAAAUAUUUCAGGUGAUACAUAUUCUAAUUAGCCUGAUUUGAUCAUUUCACAAUGUAUACAUACAUCAAAAUAUCACAUUAUACCCCAUAAAUAUAAACAACUAUUAUUAGUUCAUUAAAAAUAAAACAAAAAAUAAUUCAGGGGGAAAAAUCAAUAGGUCUUGGCAAGUCAAGUGGCAGGGUGGUAAUUGAGAGCGAUCAAUUAAUAAGGAUGCUUGGAGGUGGUGCUAUAGACCAGGAAUGGAAUUGUUUAUCUAUAAAUUUCCUGUUACUGCUCUAACAAAUUGCCACCAAUUUAGUGCCUUAAUACAAUAUAAAUAUGUUAUCUUAUAAUUCCAGAAGUCAAAAGUCUGAAAUGGAUUUCAAUGGGCUGAAUCUUCUAGGGAAGAAUCUUUCCUUUCCUCUUCCAGCUCCUAGAGGCUGUUCACAUUCUUAGUUUCAUGGCCCCUUUCCAUCUUCAAAACUUGGGAUUGCCAGUCAAGUCUUUCUCACAUUAAAUUACUCUACACUGAUUUUUCUGCCUCCCUCUUUAUAGGACCCUUGUGAUUACAUAGAGUCCACAGGAUAAUCUCCCCAUCUCAAGAUCCGUAACCUAAUCACAUCUGCAAAAUUCUUUUUGCCUUAUGAGAUAGCAUAUUCGAAGAUUCUGGGAAUUAGAACUUUCGCAUCUUUGGGAGGCCUUUAUUCCGCCUACCACAGUUGGGAUGGAGAGAGCGGUCCCAGUUUGGGCUUGUGGUCUGGUCUAGGAAAUCAUCAAACUUUCACCAGCAGCUGCAAAGAUCAAGCAACUGAACUCACUUCUUUGACUGUGGGAAGCAAGUAGUCAUGUAGAUGAAGCACUGAUCCCUCAUCUGCAAGGAAGCUACUAGAGAAUGUGCUCUACAAAAUGAGGAUGUAAACCAACAAAGAGGAAACCAUGGGAUCCAGGAAACGGGGGCCCCAACACAGGAGAGAGGCACAGGGAUUUCGCAAGAUGGUGUUAAAAAGAAGCCCCAGGACAACAGAACCCGAUGACCUCCGAGGGGACCCUGCACUCAGCCAUCAAAGUGCUCCUACCCACCUGGAUGCUCAUAAUUCAAUGGUAGAUGCAGGUGGAGUUGAGAACAUCACGCAGCUUCCCCUGGAGCUUCCUCAGAUGAUGGCUGCAGCAGCUGAUGGUUUGGGGAGUAUAGCGAUAGACACGACCCAGCUCAACAUGUCCGUGACAGAUCCGACAGCCUGGGCUACAGCCAUGAAUAACCUGGGCAUGGUUCCCGUGGGGUUGCCUGGACAGCAGCUCGUGUCUGACUCCAUCUGUGUCCCAGGCUUUGACCCAAGCCUCAACAUGAUGACUGGAAUCGCCCCCAUUAACCCGAUGAUACCAGGCCUUGGACUGGUACCUCCCCCGCCGCCAACAGAAGUGGCGGUUGUCAAGGAAAUCAUCCACUGCAAGAGCUGUACUCUUUUUCCUCAAAAUCCGAAUCUUCCACCUCCUUCCACAAGAGAACGACCUCCUGGGUGUAAGACUGUAUUUGUCGGAGGAUUACCGGAAAAUGCUACUGAAGAAAUUAUUCAAGAAGUCUUUGAACAGUGCGGUGAUAUUACAGCAAUUCGGAAGAGCAAGAAGAAUUUUUGUCACAUUCGCUUUGCAGAGGAAUUCAUGGUUGAUAAAGCCAUUUACCUUUCUGGUUACAGGAUGCGAUUGGGGUCUAGCACCGACAAAAAGGAUUCAGGCCGCCUUCAUGUGGACUUUGCCCAGGCCAGAGAUGACUUCUAUGAGUGGGAAUGCAAGCAGAGGAUGCGCGCCCGGGAGGAGCGGCACCGGCGCAAGCUGGAGGAGGACCGGCUCCGGCCCCCGUCCCCGCCCGCCAUAAUGCACUACUCGGAGCACGAAGCCGCUCUGCUGGCCGAAAAGCUGAAAGAUGAUAGCAAGUUUUCAGAGGCCAUCACAGUGCUGCUUUCCUGGAUUGAACGAGGGGAAGUGAAUCGGCGCUCUGCGAACCAGUUCUAUUCCAUGGUGCAGUCAGCCAACAGCCACGUCCGCCGGCUAAUGAAUGAAAAAGCCACGCAUGAGCAGGAGAUGGAGGAAGCCAAGGAGAAUUUUAAAAAUGCCUUAACUGGGAUUCUCACUCAAUUUGAGCAGAUUGUGGCCGUUUUCAACGCUUCUACCAGACAAAAAGCUUGGGACCAUUUCUCGAAAGCCCAGCGCAAGAACAUAGACAUUUGGCGAAAGCAUUCUGAGGAGCUCCGGAAUGCUCAAAGCGAGCAGCUCAUGGGCAUCCGCCGCGAAGAAGAAAUGGAAAUGUCUGAUGAUGAGAAUUGUGACAGCCCUACCAAAAAAAUGAGAGUCGACGAGUCAGCCCUGGCCGCUCAGGCCUACGCUCUGAAAGAGGAGAAUGACAGUCUCCGCUGGCAGCUGGAUGCCUACAGGAACGAGGUGGAGCUCCUGAAACAAGAGAAGGAGCAGCUUUUCCGAACAGAAGAAAACCUCACCAAGGACCAGCAGCUGCAGUUCCUGCAGCAGACCAUGCAAGGCAUGCAGCAGCAAUUGCUAACCAUCCAGGAGGAAUUAAACAACAAAAAGUCAGAAUUGGAACAAGCAAAGGAAGAGCAGUCACAUACACAAGCGUUACUAAAAGUCCUCCAGGAACAAUUAAAAGGUACCAAGGAAUUGGUCGAGACCAAUGGCCACAGCCAUGAGGAUUCAAAUGAAAUCAAUGUGUUGACCGUUGCAUUGGUCAACCAAGACCGAGAGAACAAUAUUGAGAAGAGAAGCCAAGGCUUAAAAUCAGAGAAAGAAGCUCUGCUAAUAGGUAUCAUAUCAACGUUUCUUCAUGUCCAUCCUUUCGGAGCCAAUAUAGAAUAUCUUUGGUCCUACAUGCAGCAACUGGACUCCAAGAUAUCUGCAAAUGAAAUAGAAAUGCUUUUGAUGAGGCUGCCACGCAUGUUCAAACAGGAAUUCACAGGCGUGGGAGCCACGCUGGAAAAAAGAUGGAAAUUGUGUGCCUUUGAAGGAAUUAAAACUACCUAACUGUGAAGAGCAAAACAUCUCUGGAAAUGAACCCAUGUGAACUUGGCCAGGGCUGUGCAACGGGGGAGCAGGACGUGUGGGAUUGGUCCAGCACGCAACCUUUGUGGAGACAUGGAAGCCUGCCUUUAGUUAUAUCUGUGGCGUUCUCUUGUGAGUGGAAAUGUAAUUGUGUACCAGUUCCUUAAAAUAAACAAAGCUUCAUACUGUGACAGAUUUGUUACCUAUGAAAACCAAACAAUGAUUCCACAGUCAUAAUGAUGGCAAAAUCUUACAAUAUGCUACAUUUGAGAAUAUCUCACCAAGCAGAAUAUUUAAAGUUAAUGAUGGUGUAGCGAUGAUUGUUGCUAGGCUGCAGACUUGUAUAUGUGAUGUAUAGCUGAAACCAUUAGAUGACAUUUUCCUGAAAGUCUUUCUGUUUUAGUUAAAAAAAAAAAAAAGAGAAAAAAAUAAUUUUACAGUAAGGGAAAAUCGCACCAAAAGAAAACUUGAAUAUGUGUCUAAACAGUUAUUGUAUUUUGUAAAUUAAGUUAUAUGCUGUUCCAGGGACUUUUGCCUUAUUGAAGAGGCAGAAAAUAUGACUGGACACAUUGAGAAUGCUUUAUCAAGAAUAUUAUUUUUCUAAUGUAACAAUUCUCCAUCAUAAGUUCUUUUAACAUGGACUGCAUAACAGUUUUCAUAAAGUGUAAAUAAAGGAAAAACUAGUGUUAUUGUCUUGUACUUGGUAUGUAACAGUCAGGUUUAUGCAUCAAAUAAACAUUCAGUAAAUACUCCUGUUACAAAUUUUAUAGCAAAGAUAUUAAAUUUUUUUCAAUAAAUAUGACUUCUACCAUA